AUGGCAGAUUGGGAUGAUGAGUGGCAAGAAGAUCAGGUGGUGGUGACACCGGCACCGCGGCCUCCGCAAAACACGCGGGUGUACCGGCCGAAUCCCGGAGGAUCCCGUGAUAAUCGUGGCUACAGUGAUCGCUCUAACUGGCGCGAGACUCGAGGCAAUGAUAAUCGCUCUACUAACUGGCGAGAUCAAAGCGACAGGAACAAUCCAGGAUUCAGGAACCAAGGUUCAAGAGAUCAAGGCUUCAGAGACCAAGGGUUUAGAGACCAGGGUUCCAGAGACCAAGGUUUCAGAGACCAAGGCUUCAGAAACCGGCGCAACAUUCCAGAAGGUAACAAAAAAACUAUUACCGUACCUUCCCAUAAAGUCGGCCGUAUUAUCGGUAAAGGAGGUUCAAAGAUACGCGACCUUGAGUACGAGUCUGAGGCUAAAAUACAAAUUGGCGAUUCUAAUGGAGCUUUAACCAAUAUCACUUUGCUUGGUGAAGAUGCUUCUAUUGCUAAGGUUGAGGACAUGAUAAAUAGUCUUCUUGAGGAUUAUAAACCAGCUGUACCCAAGGUAAACUCUUGCACUGCAGACAACAACACAUCUGAUGAUUUUUUUAAAAGUAAUGAAGCUGGUGUCGAAGUAAUUGAUUGGGACAAACUCAAUGCUCAUUAUGAAGAACAGCAGAAGAUUAGGUAUGAACAAUUACCUCCUAUCAUCAAGGAUUUCUAUAAAGAAGACCCUCAAGUUGCUGCAAUGAGUCCAAAAGAGGUAAAACACUGGCGCCUUACCAACAAUGAUAUUCAAGUGAAACGGACUUUUGAUGACAAACCUGGUCUGAAACCCAUCCCUAAUCCUGUGGUUACUUUUGAUCAAGCAUUCCAACAUUUUCCGGAAAUUCUUGAGGAAAUUCGUAAGCAAGGCUUUGAAAGACCUUCACCAAUUCAGAGUCAGGCUUGGCCUAUCCUUUUGAGAGGUGAAGAUAUGAUUGGUAUUGCUCAAACUGGUACAGGUAAAACUUUGGCUUUCCUGCUACCAGCAUUAAUUCAUAUUGAUGGUCAGACCGUACCCAGAGACCAGAGAGAUGGUCCAACUGUACUCAUUUUAGCUCCAACUAGAGAACUUGCUCUGCAGAUUGAGAAGGAAGUCUCUAAGUAUAAAUAUAAAAACAUCAAAUCAGUUUGUCUGUAUGGAGGUGGUGACCGUAAAGAACAGAUAAAAGUCGUAGCAAAGGGAGUUGACAUUGUGAUUGCUACGCCUGGAAGGUUGAAUGAUUUGAUAGUGACUGGUCAUUUGAAUAUUAUCAACUUUUCGUAUAUUGUUCUUGACGAAGCAGAUAGAAUGUUAGACAUGGGAUUCGAACCUCAGAUAAGGAAGUCUCUUUUCGAUGUAAGACCUGACAAACAAGUUGUUAUGACGUCUGCAACAUGGCCAAACGGUGUGCGCCGCCUUGCUGAGUCUUACAUGAAAGAUCCAAUUCAAGUUAAUGUUGGCUCAUUAGACUUGGCUGCAGUACACACUGUUACUCAGCAGAUUUCUUUUGUUGAUGAGGAUGACAAAGAGGAAGCUCUGUAUGAAUUUAUACGCAACAUGGAAUCAUCUGACAAAGUUAUCAUUUUCUGUGGCAAAAAGGCUACUGCUACUCACAUUACAACAGAACUGGCAAUGAGGGGGAUUGAGGCCCAAUCCUUACACGGUGAUAGAGACCAGAGUGACCGGGAAGCCGCUUUGUCAGAGAUGGUUGAAGGUACUGUUAAUAUUCUGGUUGCAACUGACGUUGCAUCGCGUGGUAUUGAUAUUAAGGAUUUGACACAUGUGGUGAAUUUGGAUUUCCCACGGCACAUUGAAGAGUAUGUACAUAGGGUUGGACGAACUGGACGUGCUGGGAGGACAGGCGUAUCACUGUCAUUUAUUUCCAGAAAGGAUUGGGGGCAUGCUCGAGAAUUAAUAAAAAUUUUGGAAGAGGCAAAUCAGGAAGUGCCAGAUGAGUUGCAACAAAUGGCUGAACGGUUUGAAGCUAUGAAGUUGAGGCGAGAUAAGGAAGGUGGAGGCAAUAGAGGGAGGGGUGGCAGGGGCGGGAGAGGAGGGGGUAGAGACCGUGGCGACAGAUUUAUGUUCUAAUAACUUAAAUGUAGAGGAGUUUAGUAUCUACCAUAGAAGUAAGUUUUUGUUAUGUCACUGCAUGUCUAAUCUAAAAAAUUAUGACGAAAUGUUUUUAUACCAUUUUUUAUAUUUAGUCAUGCAUUUUUGUUUUAUAAAGAUCUGUUAUAGAUGCUAGAUGCAAAGCUUAGCAUUUGUAUAUAAGUUAUUUAUGAAUACUUAAAGCAGAAGCUCCUAUUUUUAAGCAUUCUUGUGUGUACCUCACACUAGUAUUGUAGAGAUAGUAACAAAGAAUGAAUUGUCUGGUAUAAAUGAUAAUACAUUUUCUAUUAUGUGCAGAAAUAUUUAUCUCUUAAAGACUGAUAGUAGACUGACAGUUCUAUACUUGGGGCACCUUGUGUUUUCUAUACUAUUCUAUGGGAAGUAAAUGAUAUUGCAUAGAGCCGUAUAGAAAAUGCAACAGGCUCGGUGUUUAGAGGUAUAACUUAUUAGGUAACAUUAACAUGCCGCCUAUGCUAGUAUUCACUACACCCCUUAUUCUAGCGAAUCAUUGGGUAGACUUCAUCAAAUGCCAGUGUCGUCAUUAAUGUCUUGUGUCUCACUUGUUGAAGUGCACAAUGUCAAUCGGUUCACCUCAACGCUGAGGGAUGUGAUUUAAAAGAUGACUUUUUGGUUGCUAGCUAAUACUGCAAGGGUUUAUAAGUGUCAAUAAUGUGCCAGACAAGCACACCAUUACCUGGUCUCAAACCAUAUAAUACCCCAGUGCUUUAAGUACCAGAGCAAUGGAAUCCACUCUGGGGCAUUACCCAAAACACACUGACCAAACUACAAGAACCAUGUAGUGUCUUUCCAUUUUGUUUAAUUUUCGCUUUUAUAAGCCUUCAAUUACCAAUAUAAAAUGGUAUAUUAGUAUAUUAUCUAACAAUUAACUAGAUUUGAAGUGUUAAUGAUAUUGACUCUAUUUCUCAGUAUUUUGCCCGAGUAGUAGGGCUAGUACGACAGGGACUUGUGUAAGAUACUGCUUGCCCUGCAGGUGGACCUAUAAGCGAAAGCAUAAUUACUCAU